UCCUUGCUUUGUGUUUUCUUCUUUCUUUAAAAAAAACGUAGAAACAUAACUUCUUCCAGUAGAGGAUGGAUUUUAGAAAACAGGACAGUACGAGUCUCCUUUAUGACAAGAUGAAGCCAGCAUUCCUAUGAAAAGAUGUUAUUUGUUUUUGAGUCUGUUUUCAUUCUAGCUCUGUGUGGGCUUUGGUUAUUUUAUAUUUAAAAUAUAUGUUGCCACCUUCAAAACCCAAGUUCAUUUCUUUGUGGUUCAAGGUAUGGAUUAUUUUGGAAGUGAACUGUAGUCAUGGUAGUAGGACAAUGCUAAUUUCUUACCUGUUCCCAUGUCUCAUGGAGUUGGAAUUUCGGGAGCCGGCCUCAGAGUUUAUGAAGUAUUAUCAGCUCAUCUUGCAGUUAGAUACAGUACGGUUUACAGUAGUUAAAUAACUUUCUCAAGGUCAUCCAUCUGGAAAGCAGUUGAUUUGCCCUAACUUCAGGCCACCUGACUCCUUAUCUUUGCUGUGCUGUGUAUGCUACUGUCUACAUCUGAUUGCCUGUCUUUCUCUUUGUGGGCUCACUGGUGACUGGUGGCCCUAAUGGAUUGAGCUUUCGGCAAAACCUAUAUUUACUUCAGCCGCUUAACUCAUGGAGAUGUUCCUACUCGUCUUGCCAGAAAUGACUUAAUUGAACUGUGCCUGGAGUCUUUCCGGGCCUGUGUUGAUAGGCAUUUAUAAAUUUGUCAUUUAUAAACGAACAUUGAAAAAUAAGACAUUCUGCAAGUUGAGCUUUUAGGUCCAUUAUGUUGUCUCAGCUCAGAGGAGGAAGUGCUCAUCUCCUGGGAUAGUCAUGAGCGUCACAUCCGUCUGCCCCGAGCUUCGAUGGAGCCGGGCAUUCUGACAUCCCCUCCCAGCAGAUCAUUCCUCCAGCUGUAAGGGUUUCCUGAAGAAUGAGAAGGACAAUGCCCUGCUGUCCGCCAUUGAAGAGUCUCGGAAGAGGGCUGACUGGAAUGGUUCCUUCUGCCUGACUGCAGCAAGAAGCAAGCCAGACCUUUGGCAUGGCCGAGGAGUACCAUCGGGAGUCCAUGCUGGUUGAGUGGGAGCAAGUGAAACAGCGAAUCCUCCACACACUGCUGGCGUCAGGAGAAGAUGCGCUGGACUUUACUCAAGAAAGUGAGCCAAGUUACAUCAGCGAUGGGGGACCCCCUGGUCGAAGCUCUCUGGAUAGCAUUGAGAUGGCCUAUGCCCGGCAGAUUUAUAUCUAUAACGAGAAGAUUGUAAAUGGGCACCUGCAGCCUAACCUCGUGGACCUCUGUGCUUCCGUUGCAGAGCUGGACGAUAAGAACAUCUCUGACAUGUGGAACAUGGUGAAACAAAUGACAGAUGUGUUGUUGGUGCCGGCGACCGAUGCUCUGAAGAGCCGCAACAGCGUGGAAGUGCGCAUGGAUUUUGUCCGGCAGGCCUUGGCUUACCUCGAGCAGAGUUAUAAGAAUUACACCCUUGUGACUGUCUUUGGAAACUUGCAUCAGGCCCAGCUAGGCGGGGUGCCUGGGACUUACCAGUUGGUUCGAAGUUUCUUGAACAUUAAACUUCCGGCUCCCUUGCCUGGACUUCAGGAUGGAGAAGUGGAAGGCCAUCCUGUGUGGGCAUUAAUUUAUUACUGCAUGCGCUGUGGGGACCUGCUUGCCGCUUCGCAGGUGGUUAACCGAGCCCAGCACCAGCUGGGAGAAUUUAAAACCUGGUUCCAGGAGUACAUGAACAGCAAGGACAGAAGGUUGUCACCAGCCACAGAGAACAAGCUCCGACUGCAUUACCGCAGGGCCCUCAGGAACAACACGGACCCCUACAAGCGGGCCGUGUACUGUAUCAUUGGCAGAUGCGACAUCACCGACAACCAGAGCGAAGUAGCUGACAAAACCGAGGACUACCUGUGGCUGAAGUUGAACCAAGUGUGUUUUGAUGACGACGGCACCAGCUCCCCACAAGACAGGCUCACUCUUUCACAGUUCCAGAAACAGUUGUUGGAAGACUAUGGCGAGUCCCACUUCACGGUGAACCAGCAGCCCUUCCUGUACUUCCAAGUACUCUUCCUGACGGCACAGUUCGAGGCUGCCAUCGCUUUUCUCUUCCGCAUGGAGCGGCUGCGCUGCCAUGCAGUCCACGUGGCGCUGGUCCUCUUUGAGCUGAAGCUGCUUUUAAAAUCCUCGGGACAGAGUGCUCAGCUCCUCAGCCACGAGCCUGGCGACCCUCCCUGCAUGCGGCGGCUGAACUUUGUGCGGCUACUCAUGCUCUACACCCGCAAGUUUGAGUCCACAGACCCGAGGGAGGCACUCCAGUACUUCUACUUCCUCAGGGAUGAGAAAGAUAGUCAAGGAGAAAACAUGUUUUUGCGCUGCGUGAGUGAGCUUGUGAUAGAAAGUCGAGAGUUCGAUAUGAUUCUUGGGAAACUAGAGAAUGAUGGAAGUAGAAAGCCUGGAGUCAUAGAUAAGUUUACUAGUGACACAAAGCCUAUUAUCAACAAAGUUGCUUCCGUGGCAGAAAAUAAAGGACUGUUUGAAGAAGCAGCAAAGCUCUAUGACCUUGCCAAGAAUGCUGACAAGGUGCUAGAGCUGAUGAACAAACUGCUCAGCCCUGUUGUCCCCCAGAUCAGCGCACCACAGUCCAACAAAGAGAGGCUGAAGAACAUGGCGCUCUCCAUCGCGGAACGGUAUAGGGCUCAGGGAAUCAGUGCAAAUAAAUUUGUGGAUUCCACGUUCUAUCUUCUGUUGGACUUGAUCACCUUUUUUGACGAGUAUCACAGUGGUCAUAUUGACAGAGCCUUUGAUAUCAUUGAUCGUUUGAAGCUGGUGCCCCUGAAUCAGGAAAGUGUGGAAGAGAGAGUGGCUGCCUUCAGAAAUUUCAGUGAUGAAAUCAGGCACAACCUCUCAGAAGUGCUUCUCGCCACCAUGAACAUCUUGUUCACACAGUUUAAGAGGCUCAAAGGGACAAGUCCGUCCUCGGCAUCCAGGCCCCAGCGAGUCGUCGAGGACCGUGACUCUCAACUCCGAAGCCAAGCCCGAGCCCUGAUUACCUUUGCUGGGAUGAUCCCCUACCGGACAUCUGGGGACACCAAUGCAAGGCUGGUGCAGAUGGAGGUCCUCAUGAAUUAAGUGCAAUGCUUUGCGGGGCUUCUGGGACUGCGCGCUGUCAGUACCUCAGGCGCGUGGGCCCGCUGGGGUGGGGUUUCUGGUUUUGUUUCUGUUGUGUUGUGUUUUGUUUUGUUUUUUGUAUUAUGUAUUUUUGUCAGCACCCAAUAAAUUUCUUUGAUUUGUA